GCGAAGACGGAGAAACGAAGGUUCGAGCGCGCGAUUUGCCUCUGUUUCUGCCUAGUGAAACAGAUUCGAGUUUUCCAGAGCUCCCGGCGGUCCUAAUUUUUUCGAAACCUUCUAAAGGCGCAGAGAGCUGCCACACCCGACGUAGGGGGGAGGCAAGCCGCGCCCGAUGUGCUCGGCGAAAGGGGGUCUUCCACGCAUCGGGCAAAUCGACGAGAACUGCGGCGAGAAACGCAACUUUCCCUUCCACUUCAUUUCCGUGUUCUUCGAAGUGUGGCUGCGCGAACGUGUGGAUUUAUUCGGGGCUGCUCUCUGAAUGUCUCAACAGAGACCCGUGACGACCUCACGUCUUUCUAGGAAAUACCCCUCUCUCCGAGCGACCGCGGGCCACGGCGAAACCCUGCGUUCCACUUUGGGGACUGACCCAGCGGCCAGGCGAGCAACUCGGCGGCUUUCCCAGUCUUUCUCUCGAGCUGGUAAGCGUGGGUUUCCGGAUUUUCUUUCCCCGGCUGCCUCGCUCUGUCUAAAAGACACCGCGUGGUCUGCGCAGCAGGCAGGAGUGGAGCGGCAGCGGAACUCUGACUGGCACUGCAUGCCUGGCGACUUCUGCUGCGACGCUUUUGCAUUGAGACCGCAGUGUUCCUGGGUUCGCAGUUUCCAGUUCUAGGCUUCCGAGGUUGCUGGAGGUGCCUUGAGAUAAAAGGCAGCAGCAACGCAAGGGUGCAAUCAGCUCUCUGGCGUUCGCGCUUCCGGCCCUGCGUGAGCCUGGCGUUUGAAAAGAACAACCUGAGCUCUCUUUCUUGAUCUCGCGAAAUCCUUUCCAGUUCCUCUCGUGGCCGUCAGCGCGGCCUUCCAGGCCCCGGGACGUUCGGCCGCGCUUCUCGUCUGCCUUCUCUGUCCAGCCACAAGCCCCCGAGGAAGCGCACAGCUGGAGGCUUCUGGAGCAGCGCGCCACCCCUAGCGAUCCGGAAGAUCCGCGUGGAGUCCCAGAGAGUCACUUUUCCUCUGCCUCCACUUCGAGACUUGUAAAGCGUUGACGAAUCAAGAACUGGGGGGUGCGCAAAGCUCUGAAGCUCCACGAGUUCUGCUGGCUUCGGAUAUCGUCGUUUUCGUCCAGCUUCGAGACUCCGUUGCUUCUCUCUAUUGCCUCGGUUCUCCUCUCGCUUUCUCUGUUGUCGCCAUCUCACGUGAGGCCUUCGGUCCGCUCGACAGAGAGCUGGAGUUCCCUCUCUCCGUAGCUGUUUUUUCCUCCGUCUCCCCUCGUCACCCUUUGCGUCUCCUUCUCCUCGCAGAACCUGUUUCGAGUCUCCUUCGCCUCUCUAACCAGCUGCGAGUGACCCUCCCUCUGAGGCAGAAAAAAAGUCUGUAAACGGCAUCGUUCCGGGCAGCGUGAGACUCCGCGUUGAACGACUCGAGAGCAUCUCGGUGUUCGUUUCUCCUAGCCUCGUCUGUCCUCGCUUCCGUCUGUCUCUUCCAGCUGUGACAACCUGCGCCGGAGACGCUACCUGGUCCUCAGCUGCGUUUCGCCUCGGUUCUCUAGGGCGGUCCAGUGCGAGCGGGGACGGCGCAAGCAAAUUCUGAGGAUAUUCGGCUGCGUCUGUGGCUUGUACACACUUAGCGCGAGGACAGAACGCCAAGCGCGAAACUGCGAGCGUCCUCGGCCGUUGUGCUGCCUGCGCUCGGGGAGGUUCCAGCCGUCGCAGGUGCCGAGAAAAUCUCUCGGAAAUCGUGCGUAUGUUCUCUUCUUUUGGCUGGCAACCUCUAUCCAGAGGCCUCACACCGACUGCUUCGUCCCCCGAGGAUGCGCAGAGAGUGCGUCGCGCCUCAAGGCCGACUCUGGACGUUCUCUCUCCCCUCCGGCGUCUGUGAAGCGAGAGAAGCCGGCAUCUGACACGCGAAGCGUAGGAGCGCGAAACGAAGGUGUAAGGCGCGAAGACCCUGCGGUCCGAGACAAGAAAAAAUUGGGUCUGAGAGGCAGAGCCAUUCACGGUCGGCAGUCGCAGAAACUGAGGUGAAAGACAGUUUGGUCUGAGGAACGAAAAAUCGAAGUGUGUUCACCGAAGCCGAGGGUUGUGACGGCCGCGAGGAACGGCGUCCGCGUGCAGGUCCCUGCAAGAUGGAACAGUUCGCGUAGAGGGCAGGACGUCGGUCGAUUCGCUUUUCUGAGGGGGCGGCUGCGAAGUCGAGGCGAGUUCGCCGUCUACACUUCUCUAGGGCGUCGCGGAGAUGGCCUGCAGCUCGGUUCCGAAAAGAGCCGCGGACGCUUGACAGAAUCGAGAUGGGGACUCCAGAAAACUGCAUGCAGACCCAGGGAAAUGGAGAGGCCUUCGUUCCCUUCGGUACCCUGGCCGAGCAAAUGAACGCCGCCGCCAGGCAACCGCCGCCUCGCGACCCUGAGGGUGGCGCGCGUCAUGCUUGCGUGGAAGUCGAAAGCCGCGAGGACCGCGACAGCCGCAGAGAGUCUGCUUCUCACCUGUCGGCGGUGCUCCCCCUCGGCGAAGGAGGCGAGGCAACGAGCCCCGAAGGCACUUGGAUCUCGCGGCUCUCGUGGAAGCGUUCGGCUCCGCGAAGGCAGUCGAGCUCAUUCUCGAGACGCUGGAGAAGUUGGAAGCGCGACGAGGGUGAGAGCGAGGAAGCCUCCGACGUGGACGACUACGCAAGUUCGCGUCGAACGUCGUCUGAGUGCGCGAAAGAUGCCCGAAAAAAGCGCAGGUCGAGAUUCCUGCUCGCGAGGAGAACUUCGCUGGUUGGGCGCGUGAAGCGGCGCUCAACAGGCACCCGCAGACGCGGCGCUGCUCGCUGGGUCCGACAAACUUCCUCCCGGGCGAGGUCUUUCGUCGCAGAGAAGGCUGUGGCCACUUUCGGCGCGGAACUCGACUUGUACACAGGCAGAAAUGAGAGGCGGAAGGAGCUGAGAAGAACCUCGAAAACGUCAAUUGCGUUUUCGUCGGAGGCGAGCGGGCUGCGCGGCGUCGCGAGCGUCGGCUCGAAGUCUCAUCCGUUCAGUCUGCUGCCUCUCAAAUUCCGCGACGAGCAACUGGAGAGCGAGUACGUCGCGACUCUGAACGAACUCUGCUCCUCCCGCGUCUACACAUGCUUCGGAGUCUUCGUCCUCGUCUUGGUCGUCCUCUGGCCGUCCAUGGGCACCUCGUUCUCGCUGUCUCUGCACCAAGCGGAAGGCAUUGGAUGUCGUCUCUUCCACCUGCUCUGGAUCGCGAAACUCAUCAGCUGGUUCCUCCUCCUCAUCACUGUCAGUCUCCGCAACAAAUUGAGGUGGAUCAGCCAGAAGAUCAUCCCCUUCGCAACAAUGCAAAUCACUUGGGGCUUCAUCCUCGUGAUUGCCUUCUGCUGCGCAUAUGUGACGGAUUUCAUUGAGCGGCACAAUGACAAAAUAAGCCAAAUCAACCAAGUGUACGAAACGCAUCUCGUGCGCGGACCUCUCAAUCGCCGAAAGCUGGUCACUGCAAUCAAAACCGUCUCUGCAGACCGUCCUGUUGAUUUGGGGCUCUUCACUCUCGCAGAGGACUUCGUCGCUUCUCUCUCGCUGCUCAUGCUCCUCACGAUGGUCGAAAGUCUCGUCACCGUCGUUUGUCUCGGCUCCCUCAUCCCUACUCGAACUCGGUACACAUGGCCUCUCUACUUGGUCGCUCCCUUCCUCUGUCCAAUCCCGUGCGUUAUUUGCAACGCCAUUGCCCCAGCCUUCAUUCUCGGGUCGACCACAGUCGUCUACUACUUUGUCUCCAUCACUGUCUGGCUCGUUGGCUUCAUCGUCCGAUACUCCUCCGAGUGCUCGCAGCGCGUCGCCUUCUACUCUCGGGUGGCCCCCAGAAAAGAAAUUGAAAACCUGAAGAACAGCUUGCGUCGAUCCCAGAGACAUGGCGGAUGCACAGCCGUCGAGGAGCUGCAGCAUACAGCAAAGUGUAUGGAAGCCGUCGUCAAGCAGCUCGAAGGCACAUGCAUGGCCGCCGCCCGAGACUUCGUUCCUCCAGUUGAUGCAGAGGGCAGAGCGAAUGUGCAGGAACUGGCGCUUCUCUUGACCAAGCUUCAGGAUGUCUUGCGAGGCACCGACGAUUUGUACUCCGUGCGACACACGCCCUUCAUGUUGGAAACGACGACAGGUCAAGAGCUCCUCGAGUUGUACGGGACGAACAUGAGUCGUCAGGCGACGCUGAGUUGGGCGGGCGGCGGUGGCGGCUCUGUGGGUGUGCCGACGCCGGCACUGUCUCCCUCGACUUCUCUGGAGGGGCCGCGGUUCUACGGACAGUCGAAGAGCCCAAAGUGUUUCGCUCCCUCGCUUCCGUCCGCCUUUGGAGUUUUGCCAGGCCUCAAUGCGAUUCAUCAGCCGCCGCUGCGGCAGCACACAGACCCUGUGCGUACACAGACACCGUCCCUCAUCUCGCCAGUCUUUCGGCGCCGGUACCAGAGACACACAAGUGACAGAGGGGCGAAAAAGACUGCGUGGCCAGCCUCGUCGCCGGCGCGCGCGUUUCUUCGGGGCUCUGCCGCGUCCUCCUGCUCGCUGCAUUGCGGUCCUUCUCCCUCGAUAGCGGAGGCUCCCGGGGAGGAGGAGGAGGCGGCCGCGGAGCUGAAGAGGCGCGACGAAAACCGAAUGGAGGGCAAGCUCUCCCCUUCAGACCCGUCCCGAGAGAGCAAGCGAAGAGCCAAGAACUCGAGAAGGAGUUGCGUCGCGGCCGCCUCGUCGACCUCAGAGGUCGUGUCUGGGCCGACAGACAAACUCGCUGCGGACAACUGCUACCGGGAGAACGCUGUGGGCCAAAACUCGUACCGAAAGGUCCAGGUGAAGGUUGAUACGUUGAGUGCAUGCUUGCGGAAACGCAAAGCGGGGAGUUCAGCUCCGCACAGUCCCAGCGCCGGGUGUGCAGAAUCCCAUCAUGGGGACGCAUGCUCGUGCCACCAGCCAGAAGGAGAAGGAGCGUCGCCUUGUUCUGGCCAGCGCGCCUGCUUGGAGGGUUUCGAUGGCAGCUCUGACAACGCAGAGAGCGUUCAAGAGGACCGCCAGAAGUCCGGCAAGGCCCUCGACACGGUCUGGGCACCACAGUCCGGUUCAGAGCCGUCUUCCAUGCUUGUAGUCCCCAGCGCAAAUUGGGCUUCAGGCGACUCCAAGAAGCCGUUGAAGUCUGUCGCUGCGAGGGGCGCGAGUCGCCAAAAAGUCGGCUGCCUGGGCCUUAGGUGCUUCGGCCGACGGUCGCGGCGACCCUCGUUCCACCCGCCUGCAAGUCUUUACAACGCGAGGCCCUGUGGGUCUCUCCACCACCGGCGCUCGACGUUUCCCGCGGUGAAUGUCCCCGGCAGAGCGUUUGCGCCGAGUCUCGCGGAGGUAGGCAUCGACGCUUCACCCUUCUACUCGCUGUCUCCUCUCGGGGGCGAAGGCGUCUUUCAGCAUGCAAGGGAGACGCCGUUAGCGGGUCGCAGUGCGCGCUGGAGCCUUCGGAGGGGGGCAAAGUCCAGUGGGAAGUCUGUGCUUUUGGGGCGCCUAAGAGGCAACGCCGGCAGCAAAGGCCUUGAGCUGGGGAAGCAGGUCUCGGAAUCAAGUGGCAAACUCAAAGUCGCGUGCAGUCUGAACCAAAAGGAGAUAGCGGACUCGAUGCUGAGUAGGGGGAAGCGAGAGGAAGAGCGCGACGAGAGAGAGGAAAGCAAGGAAGAGUGGGCGCUAGGCACCUUCGCGUUCGACGACAAAAGGCGACGCGGGUCGGCGAGCUGUCCGUCUCUAGGCGGCCAUGAAAAUCAAGAAACGGAGAACUCCGUCACGACUGACCACGCAUUCGAGGAGCGCGACCUCCUCGGUCUGAACUGCGCCCCUCUCAAGGACGCCUCCUGUCGCAUCGGCCCCCCGUGUACGAGAAGCAGUUUCUUGCCAAGUUCAGAGGCGCAAAUGGCCAUCGGCCAAGUCUGGGAUUUCGACAUGCUCAGCUUCGCUGCGCUCUCUCCUAACCCCCUCGUCGAAGUCGGUCUCGUUCUCCUACUCCCUGAAAUCGAUUCUCUUCACUGCUGCACCGAUCAAGAAGUCAUCGUUCUUCUCCAGAAUCUGCAAGCUCGGUACUUGCAGAAUCCGUACCACAGCCAAGUGCAUGCAGCAGAAGUAGUUCACACUGCGGCCUGUCUGAUGCGGUGCCUCAUUCCUCAGCGCUCCGCCUUCGCCAAUCUGUGCACCCUCGUCGCUGCGGCGGCACACGACGUAGGACAUCCAGCGCGGACGAAUUUGUUUCUUCAGAAUCUCCUCCAUCCCCUCUCGAUCGUCUACAACGAUGUAUCGACCCUCGAAAACUUCCACAGUGCUCUUCUCUUCAGAAUCUUGAGCGAGAUUCCGGACUCGAAUGUUUUCUCGGGGCUUCCUCAAGAAACUUUCCGUAUUGCUCGGCAGAACAUCAUCACCCUCAUUCUCGCGACGGACAUCAAGCAACACUUUGAGACAAUUUCUCGCUUCCGACUGCGACGAAACAGCCCUGAAUUCAACUUCUUGAAGAAAGAAGAAGACGACUGGCUCGUUAGAAAAAUGAUUUUCAAAAUCGCCGACAUCAGCCACGCAACCGUCGCUUGGGACGCCCACUUCUUCUGGAGUUGCAAAGUCAAUGCAGAGUUCUACGCACAGGGAGACGCAGAAGUUCGUCUGGGGCUUCCAGUGUCGCCGCUGUGCGACAGAGAAAAACAUUUCGAGAUGGGGAAGAGUCAAGUUGCUUUCCUCAAUUUCGUUGUGGAGCCUUUGCUCCGCGAACUGGAAGCCAUCGAAGCUUUGGUGCUACCGCUCGGAACAUGUCCGAUUAUCAGCACCGAGCUGCUGCCGAACUUCGCUGAGAAUGUGCAGCAGUGGAAGGCGAUCGACACGGAGAAGAAACUCGUGAUCCUUGAGAGAGUGAUUCUCGAUUACGGAGGCUACGGAGCUGUGCCUCCGCUGACUGAGUCACAAAGACGGCAGCUGAUCUCGGAAUGUUGUCGGCCUCUGGAAGGUCUGCAAGACAGUGCCUGCGAGUCCCUUAGAGUGGGGCCGCGGGAAGUGUGAAGCAUAUCGUUGACCUUCCUUUGUUUUCCGACAAAAAAAUCCAUCUAAAAACAUCGCACACAGGGCCCCUGGCAGGUGCAGGACAUUUGCACAGACGUAGUCCGCCGAAUAAAUGGCGGAGCCUGUAGAAGGGUGUCUCACAAUGCUAGGAACGUUUUCUGCCGAAAAAGUUUCCAAGCCCCAAGUGGGCAGUGCUUUGGCGUCUCGGAAGUCGGCUGGAUAUUUAGACCGAACUGCGAGAUUUGCGAACUAAGAUUUGCGAGUCGAGUGGUCCGAAAAAGUGGAUCAGAUCUGCAAGCGUUACAGGUUGUCCUCUCGGAGAACGGCGAAUUGGUGCAAUACCAAAGUGAACAAAGCUUGCCGGCGCGUGGCAGUCGUCCGUUCUAUCUGAGGAAGGUAAAGGCAGGGAGUUUUAAAAGCUUCGAAGACAGCGGGAAAACGUUUUUCUUUGACAGUGGUACGGUUCAAAAAAGACGUUGUGCCAGAGUGAAAUGGGCGUUCGAGGAGAGACGCAAUUUUUGUGUAUGCCUCGCGUCGUAGAAAAAACCGCGGAAGGUUUCUGCUGUUUUUAAAGGCUCAACACGAAAAGAGCCUCUCCCCAAGCAUAUGAAAAGCUUGGACUAAGUAGAGAGGGUCGGUGCCGGACUUCGAGAACGCCCCCGAAUCCGAAGCUGUUCUAUCGGUUUUCUCCUCACCUGGAGAAAGAUUCUGCCACCGAGGAGUGGCCAACGUUGUGCGCUCCAGUCCAGGCCGUAUUGUUCGCGGUAGCGGGAUCGUGGGAAAAAACGCUUUUCAAAACGUGUUAUGGGAGUUACGAGCAACAGUGUAGAGGCGGAGAAGGACUGUGGAUGUGGGAGGAGCGUUCACCAGCCAACAAUUGAAAAGAGUCCGUCCGUUUAGAGGAAAUGUUGACUCAAGAAAGGCAAUGUUCCUCGAUUUCCAUGACUAAAGAAAACGGUGAUUCAGGCUGGAGAAGAACGCUAGAAAUGUUUCUGCUCUUCCACGUCCAACAGUGAAGUGAAACACAGGCUUUUUUUAUCAGGGACUGCGUUGCAGCAUGUGGCUGUUGUUCUGUCGUUCGCGAGUGCGUUAUAGAAAGGCGCGCGUAAACGAGAGCCUCGCUUUCUACCGUUUCGUCGUGUGUUCGCCGGAUGUGGAAACCACCAGUUCGGUAAAAAUCUUGCUUAUUUUCGUAAGUGCAGCAAAAAACGUUCACAGGCAAAAACUGGGGCCGGAACAACUGCUCGGCAAAUGCUCAAGCGGAGGAACUAACGUUGUGAGUACGCAGACGCACGGUGGCCUGC